AUGAGCGUCACCAACAAUCCUGUGUCUCUUGAGUCUCAAUUUCUCCCCGCAAAGGAUUGUCAAUCUAAUUUAUGCGGCUAUUAUUUCGACCAGGGCCAUGGAGAUAAUCUAGCUAACCCAGGAGUUGUGCAAGGAAAACAGACCAAGGAGUGGUUUCGAUCACAGUGGCUCCCUUCUGAAGCGUCUCAACAGCAUUCAGCUUAUAACCUCUUCCCACGACAAAGGAUCCGAAGUCGCCGAAGCAAGCCGGUCAUGGUUCGAGCUUUCGAUUCGCAGAGCAAUGCCCUGAUUGGAGUAAGCUGGAUGAGCCAUGAAAAUAGGUUCAAGACACAAAAUUACGAAUAUCACGAAGGAAGAAUCUUCACCAGACACAGCGAUAUUUUGAAGUCCUUGAAGGACGGUGAUUGUAUCCAAGUCCACGCUGCCGCUGACUAUGGAAAGCCCACUGAUGAAAAGAAGUCUACUGCUGAAAAGAAGCCCACUCCUGAAAAGAAGUCCACUGCUGAAAAGAAGUCGGAAAAUCAUUACAAUAAGGGUAUCUUGAUAUUCGGUGUCGGAUGCGCGGAUAGUGAGAAACCCGUUGAAGAUUCAAAGCUUCGUGGAUUGCUUGGAUUGGCUUCGAAAGAUCCGGAGGCGGCUUCAAGCGUUGAUAAUUUGAAGCUCACUACGACAGAAGAUAUAAGGAGGAAAGUCCGGCAGGGAGGGGCGAAGGCUUUCAUGGGUAAUUUGGGAUGGGAAAGCUGGGAUGAGAUUGAUAAGUACGAGACACUCGCAGAGGAGGCUCAAAGGGAAAAGAAGCAUGUUCUGCUUGUUUUUGAUGCGGAAGACCUACCAGAUUCGACGGCUAUAGACCGCCGCCUGUCCUGGGGUCAGACGGUCCAGAAUAUCUGGGAGCAUGCGAUGAAAGCGCGUUGCAACACGAUAUGGAACAAAACCAACGCGAACAAAUAUUUCCACCUUCUCGUCCAGCUCGGUUUGGAGGGCGCGAUAUACAAGGGCUUCCAAGAGGACGCAACCAAGGUCCAUCUCAUCUACGAGCCAACCAGCGCCAAAGGCGGUUUUCUUCGCUCUUACUCGGAUAAAGAUAUGGAAAAUCUCAGAGUUAGAAGUGCGGAUAUACAGAGACUCGGAGUCAGCGAGGAUGCAUCAGGAAAUCUCAAAGUCGAGGGGGGCCUGAACAUUGUCACAGGCCAGGGUGUAGAGGUAAAAGAUCUGAUGGAAAAAGAGGAGGUGCAACAGCAAAUUGAACAGCUAACUGACGCAGUGAAGGGGAAGGCGAGGGAAGAGGUGAGGAGAAAGCUGAUGGAGAAGCUGAGGAAACAGCUGAGGAAUGAUGUGGGGGUUGUCUGGAUGGAAGGCCUGGUGUCCUCUCUGCAAGAAGGAUCCACCGACUCCAUUGGGAAUCUCGGCAUAACGCAGAUCAGAGACGCAAUAAUGACUGGGAUCAGGUGGUCUCGUCGCUGUGCCCCGAUGAUGUUCCCAAAAAGAAAGGCCAAGCAAUCCAAGCCCGCCGACAACCGCUUGAAGCUCGAAACUGACUCAGAACCGGUGUUGGUGUCGGUGGAGCUUGAUUUGAGAGAUUCUCAGACGACUUCCAGAGAACCAUUGGUCCUUAAAAGUCUGCCAUGCACCCCCAAAAAGGCCGCCAUCGAUACGUUGAAACAGGGAUUUGAGUGUGUACUGCCAUAUAUGCCCAGUGCCCGAUUCGGCAACUUGGUGACGGCUGAUCGGGGGGAAGUUGAUGGCUUUCGAAGAAUUGCCAACAAAGUCCAUGAAUGGUACACAACUAACACAGAUCCCAUACCUUUAUCCCUUGCUGUAUUCGGACAGCCAGGGUCUGGAAAAUCCUUUGGAGUGAAGGAGGUCAUCAAAUCCAUACUGGCUGCCGAUGGGAAGGGGAUUACAGAUCUAGAAUUUAAUCUCUCGCAGUUUCGCCAAGCGGAUGACCUCCGACACGCAUUCGAAGUCAUCCGGGACAAAACUCUCUCCGAAAAGAUUCCAGUUGUGUUCUUCGAUGAAUUUGACUCAAUCUUCCAAGGAAGAGAGCUGGGGUGGUUACCAUUUUUCACCAAACCCAUCACGGAGGGUAAAUACCAGGAUGGUGGAGUAGAAAGACCACUGGGACGCGGCAUCUACAUCUUCAUCGGAGGCACAAAAACAAAAUAUGACGACUUCUUCCGGGCCUUAGAAAAUGGCGGCGGCGCCGGAGGAAGUCCCGGGGGAAUCAUCAGUUUCGAGCAAUCGGAAAUUGCACUCGGGCAAUUCCUUGGUACUAUCCCUCGAACUCGCAAUGGAUUUACACCAACGCUGAAAACCAUAACCGUAAACAUCUCUGAGAUGUCUCAAUAUGACCAGUUGAAAAGAAAAUUCUACGAAAUCCGGGACGCGACGCUAGAGAAAAAUAUCCCACUGGUCUUCUUCAGAGACUUCGACUGUGAUUUUGGCAGCGAGAAGCUGGGAUGGCUGAAAUACUUCCUUGCUCCGAUGCAAGACGGCGAAUUCUUCGACCACGGCAGCCGACAUCUCCUCGGGCGUGCCAUAUUCGUCUUUGAACAGGGGUCAACCCACUUCAACAGAUUCCCUGUAAGACAACUGAACUCACUCUUAUUUCCAGGUGCGAAACUACCGGACUUCGUGAGCAGACUCCGAGGGCAGAUCCAAAUUCCCACACAGAACCAAACUCCCGCACAGAACCAAGCUUCCGCACAGAACCAAGCUUCCGCAGAUGCGGAAGAUCGACGUUUUAAACCUCUCACGAACAUUCUCACCUGGUAUCUUGAGCGCGACAAGUCAAACAAGCCACUUUCGAUUGGUUUGUUCCGGGAAUGUCAAAACCUCCAAGAUCCCUACCAGAAAACCAAGGAGACUUUCAAGAGUGCCCUGAAAGGACAUGUAGACAUUCUCGGACCAAGCAUCUUGUUGAACGAGGAUGGAAGCCCAAAGGAAGACGACAGAGACUAUUUCCCCAUCCGACGAGCGAUUCUGCUUCGAAGCAUGCUUGAGAGGAUUUUCGGGUUCACUAGAGGAAACCCAAUUAACAUGGACCUUGGUGUCCUCAACGCCCUGUUGUUCACCCCCAGCGUCCUACAUGGUGCUCGUUCCCUGGAGUCAAUUCUGGCCAUGAGCAACAUAAAAAAAGAAAAUCCCAUCACGGUGGGCGAUAUUUGCGACGCAGAGCAGCGCAAGUUGCAUGUGGACAAUGAGGACUUCCAGAAAUACUUGGAUGGCCAGAAGCAGGCACCUCCUGAUCCAGACAAUACAAUAAACAAUCAGCGACACUAUGCCUGGGUUGAACGGAAGUCGGGUAGAGCUUACAAGCGCGAGGAGGUUCAGCGAAACCAAGAUGGGCAGCCACCCAAUCCUGCGCCUGUGGUGCAGUCUUAA